AUGUUGAAAAUCAACGUUUUCCUGACUUUUCUGCUGGUUUUCCCCGGGUCAAUCUCUCCCUGUAAACGGCUACCGUCCACGCCGCCAAUAACAACACCUGCACCCCCCCUCGGUUUAUUUUUGUUUCAACUUUAUUUUUUCGAAUUUCUAAACUGAAUAUGUUCAGAACCUUGCUUGUGUGACGUACUAAGUCAACAGGUGGCCAACACCAAAGAUUUGAUCGUUUGUCGCAAAAAAGCUUGAAGUAAUGCUCUAAGUUCAGUUCGAUGUGCUCCAAUUCGGGUUGAAGUCUAAUGGUUGCAUAUAUCGCUUAAGAUUCACUCCAUACAAUAAAACUAAAACGGUUGUCUUCUAUGUAAGAUAAUUUCCGUUUCUACCAUGUUUCAAUGUAUUUCUUGCAGUUAGACCGAAACAACACCGUUCCUUACUACCCCGUGCUUGGAAUACCAACCGGAGAAUACGCUGAUGUCAAUUUCAGUUGCAGUCUGACACAACCAACCUAUCAGUUCAUCGACACUCCGACCAGCCCUUUAGUGCCGACUCUGGUCGACCUUACCUACUUAAGUGUUACUGUCACUCCUCUUGAUCCGACGCAAUGA